AUGUCACGUGCCGUUAUGCUGCGGCAAUUUCCGCCACAGAACCCUCCCCUAACCCGAGGGUACGAUAAAAAGGAAAUGGAGACCCAGACAAAGCUGUGGACCGAACAAGAAGCCCGCCGACUGCUUGAGCUCGAGGCCGACGCCAUAUUCGGCCUGGACCACCGACAAGACCACCCAGUCGGCACCUUUACACCUCACGGCGUGAACAAUCGCAAUGUCUACGCAGCUCACCUGUGGUCUCCGCAGGCACAGUUCACAGUAAGGCAAGCUGACAUUCCGGUAACUGUGGAUGAGGAAUCAAGUCGGCAGAAUUAUAUACCCGGAGAGAUCCCAUUGCUUCUUCGCCGUCUAUGCAGCUUACUCAACCUCCCGUUGUCAUGCAUCCAAGGCGGACCAAGCUACGUAGUCCCGUUGGACAUUCUCAUGGACAGCACGCAACAGCCCCGUACUGCGCUCCCGAUUCUCACUUCUUCCGACGACAGCCAGGUUCGCCAGGCGAAGGAACUCGCUCUGCCAGAUAACUGGGAGGCUGAUGAAUGGGCGGAAUUGCUAGGCGGUAAGCUUGGCCCAUGGGCUAUGGCGGUCGACGGAAGGGAGCCUGUAUCCAUCUGCUUCUCUGCGCGGCGCACGCCCAAGGCCGCCGAGGCCGGCAUUUGGACACAUACGCGGCAUCGGGGAAAGGGACUUGCUCCCGCCAUCGUGGCUGCGUGGGCGCGACUCGAGGCUCGGGGCAAAGAAGCUAUCUUCUACAGCACUAGCGCAAGCAAUACGGCCUCACAAUCCGUGGCAUUAAAGCUGAACCUGAAGCUUCUGGGAUGGAUCUGGAAAUUGGAGAAGCCAGCGGGUGAGGAAACCCAAUAG